GUGGCCCAUUUUCGAAUUCGCAACACCUCAGCCUAAAUUAGACGUGCUUCUCUUUCGUCUUUCUGUCUUUCCUCCGAAUCUUCCUCUCUCAGCCUCGCCCGUCACUCGCUGGUGCUCUGCUCAGAAAUCAUUCUCGGCCCCUCGUCCGUGCCGCCAGAAAUUCUGAACCACUCAAUUUUGGAGUAGUCAAAUAAAGCCUUUGAUUUUGAAAUCAAGCAAGCAAAAAUGAGCAUCUAUAUGAAUCGGUUACUUCCAAGAUCAAAUUCAAGUUUUCUCUUACGCAAUGGAAAUGCCCUACAAGCUAAAGUUAUGCGCUUGAGGGAAGAAACGUUCAUGGUGGAUUCUGGAGUUGGGGCCCCUAAAGUUUGCACGCGAGAUGAGCUGACCAGAGUCCCGGUGAAUGGAUCAACCAGGUUUGAGAAUGUGGUCGGUUAUGUUGAUGUUAAGGCUGGUGAGUCACAGAUCAAAAAGCAGAUGCUGGAGAGGUUCUUCGUGGAUGUUGUAGCUGGUGAAUCACAAAUCAAAGAGAGAGCUGCUGCGAGGUUUAAUGAUAUGGUGGGAUCAAUGGCUGGUGAAUCAAUUGUUCUUCCGCGGAGAUUCAGACAGAACCGAGCUUGGUUGGAACUAAACAAGAUGUGGCGAACCAAUGCCAAGGUCAAAGGCUUUGUUGUUGAGAAAGUAAGAGGUGGUUAUUCAGUAGCCAUUGCUGGUUUCAUCGCUUUUCUUCCAUUUCGUCCAUAUAUUAAUAAGAGGUUAGUCGAUGAUCGAUUCACCAUUGAGAGCAUUAACCCCAAAAGUAAGCAGAUUGUGCUGUUCUAGAAAACCAAACAAAUUAAGCAUAAAUUGCUUCUUCUUUUUUUCUUUCGCUCUCAAGCUGUUCCUCUAAACAUUAUUGGGUUAAGUUGAUUAUUGCUCUUAACAAAUCUUUGAAUGA